AGGGGGACUGGGGAUUUCCUUCCUUGGGCACCCCGUUUGGGAUUCUGGCCUGAGAUUUUGUUUGUGCUGUGUUGAAUUGGUUUUUUUAAUGCUAUCGAGGCCGUUUCUCGCCCAAUCUUGCAUCAAUCUUGCAGAAUACACUUGUGGAGAAAUCCAUGAGAAUCCGCCGCUGUGCGUGGGCAACCAUGGAUCCGUUUGUCGUAGACUGAUGUACGAAAUUCUGCCUGGGUGGCGAAGGAUAAGGACUGUGUUGCGUGGUUACUCAAGAAGGAUUCUGGAACUCCAGGCUGAAUCCUUGCAGGAGUGGCACUGCGCGCUGGACAGGGAGAAUCUCUCGAAUUUUCGGAGGAGUUGAAGGUUGAAGCAAUAGUUGCCGAAUUGUUUAAGAGAAGGUCAAGUGGGUGUCUUUUUUUAUGGGGGUUUGAAGGUGGCAAAACAAUGGUAAUGGCUAUGGCGGAGCUGGGUUCAGCACUUUCGAGGUCUAGUUUCGCAGUGUCUUCCUUCGCUCCGUCGUCUUCAUCCCAGAAGGCUGCAGCUGAUGUCCUCUGCAACGAACUCAUCUCUUCCCGGGACUUUUUAACAGGGGCUGUGAUACCUUGUAAGCCAGGAAGGUUUCAGCUGCACACGAAGCGAGGGCAGCGACAGUUGCCCGUAUGCAGGGCAAGUUCUCUUCUCGAGCUUGUGCCCCCUCAUGUGAAAAAGAACCUGAAUUAUGAACUUCUCAGGUUUGACACUUUGAAAAGAAAGGCAGUGGACCUGGUGGUGGUGGGUGCAGGACCAGCUGGCUUGGCUGUCGCCCAGCGAGUUUCUGGGGAGGGUGUGGAUGUGUGUGUUGUCGACCCCGCCCCACAAAGCGUAUGGCCCAACAACUACGGUGUGUGGGUAGAUGAGUUUGAGGACCUAGAUCUUUUGGAUUGCUUGGAUUACACCUGGGGGAGCGCUGUUGUGUAUCUGGACGACGCUAGAAAGAAGACUUUGGAGAGACCAUAUGGCCGCGUUAAUCGUACUCGGUUGAAAUCUAAAAUGCUUGAAGCUUGCAUUGCGAAUGGCGUACAAUUUCACCAGGCUAAGGUUAAGGAUGUGGACCACAAUGUAUCGAAGUCGAUUGUCACCUGCGAAGAUGGCACCAUGAUCGAAGCAGCUGUUGUGCUUGAUGCUACAGGCCAUUCAAGACGGCUAGUACAGUAUGAUAAGCCAUUCAAUCCAGGCUAUCAAAUUGCUUACGGAAUUGUUGCGGAAGUAGAUAGUCAUCCUUUCGACGUCGACAAGAUGCUAUUCAUGGACUGGCGAGAUUCCCAUUUGCACGGGGACAAACUGCUUAUGGACGGGAACUUGGAGUUACCGACUUUCCUGUAUGCGAUGCCAUUUUCAGCCAACCACAUAUUUCUAGAGGAAACAUCAUUGGUGGCACGGCCAGGCGUACCAAUGGAUGUCAUUCAAAAACGCAUGGAGUUGCGACUCAAACACUUAGGCAUCCAUGUUCGUAGCAUUGAGGAAGAUGAGAAAUGCGUUAUUCCAAUGGGUGGUGUGUUGCCUGUCAUCCCACAAAGAGUGCUUGGUAUUGGUGGAACCGCAGGCAUGGUUCAUCCAUCAACUGGUUAUAUGGUUGCGAGGACACUAGCUGCAGCACCCCUGUUGGCAGAGUCUGUUAUAAAGAGCUUGGGGGGUUCCACAAGCACCCAUGUUUCCAGUAGACCGCAAUAUUCCCAGAAGGUUGAAUCCUCAACUUAUUCACAAGGACUUGAAGCAACAUCUGAUGAAGACAAUGCUGGGCCAUCAGGGGAUGAACUGGCAGCUGGUGUGUGGGCGGACUUGUGGCCUUUGGAACGGCAACAACAACGAGCUUUUUUCUGUUUUGGCAUGGAGGUUCUCCUCAAGCUGGACUUGGCGGGUACACGACGCUUUUUUGAUGCUUUUUUCGAUCUUGAAGCCCACCUCUGGCAAGGGUUCCUGUCUUCACGUCUUUAUUUCAUUGAGCUAAUUGGAUUUGGGCUCUCCCUUUUCAAACAUGCGACUAAUCAUGCGAGGGCAGAGAUUGUGGCAAGUGGAACUGUACCGCUGGCUAAAUUGAUUUUGGAAGUUGCUCAGAUGAGACCUCCAAAAGAUCAGUCAAAGUGACAUAUUUUUUUAAAAAAAAAUCUUUUUGAUUAUUUUUUAAAAAUUAAAAAUCUGUCUUCAUAGAGAUUAGCCCUGUGUAUUAAUUUCAUAGACUCAAGUCUUGCACCGAUUUUGUGGCAAAGACUUGUGUUCUUAAAUUGAAAUUGGCAUUCUCAAAUUUGGACAUCUUUCUUUGA